GCGGGGCUAAUGGCGUAUUUCCGUACAUCAAUACGGGCAGCUUUCUUUCCAAAACGGCGCGAUCCCCUAAUAAACGGGACGGCUGGCUCCUCUACCCCCGGUUGUCUGCCGCCCGGUGCAAUACUCCGCGCGGACGGUACCGGAACACCGACCGGAAGUUGGGACCCCCUACUGUACAGCGUGAGAGCGAAUUGAGAGAGCUGAUCGAUGGACCAACACCCAACACUGGGAAGCCUGGAACCUGUGGGAUGAAGUGAUCAACUGGGGAGAAGGUGUGGAGGAGUUCUCACCAGUGACACUCCCCACUGUCCAGGCUGGGGGGGUUAAGGGGGGAUUGGGGGGGUCUACCGAUUUGGGUAAGGGAGGGGAGAGUGUGGGAAAGGAUGGACUGCUAGCCAGCACUAGUAUUUCAUCUCAAAGUCUUCAGAGUAAUUACGGCCUUUCAUCUGAAGACUGGGAAAUUUAUAAAACUUGCUACCUUAACAAAAAAAAGAAAGUCAGGAAGGACCGGACAAGCCGGGGGGAGGGUGAGGUAAGGGGGCAGAGUAGUGAGGAAUAUGUGGAGGUACCAGAGUGGGGAAGAUUUGAGGGGAAGGCCUCCAGGGUUGUGAUGGAGGGGACAGAGGCUGGUAUUAGUAUGAUGGAUAUGCUAAAUGGAGGUGAGGAGAAUGUAUGUGAGGUGGGAGUGAAUGUGGAGGAGGUUAAGGGAGGAGGAGGGAAAAGUACAGGGAAUGCUGUGGAAUAUGUGGUGUCACAAGUAGGCAGAACUUGGCUAGAACCCAUCCAGGAGGAAGACCUUGAGGAAGAUGAAAAUAAAGAUGAGGAGCUUCAGGAAGCAGAAGACACUGAUGCUGCCACAGUGGACAGUUGGCAGUGCAUGGCGGCAUAUGUAGCCAGAAUAUGGCUGCAGACUUUACAGGAAGAUGGACCUGAGGAAAAUGAAGAAGCUGAUGUGGUAUUCCAGCAGGCAGAAGAUGCUGAUGCUACCACACUGGUCAGGUUUCAGUGUAUGGUGGCAUCUGAAGACAGAUCACAGCUACUGACUAUACCAGAAGAAGGACCUGAGGAAGAGGACAAGACUGAAGUGAUGAAGACAGAUAAAACAAAAGAAGAUGCUGAUGCUGCCGAGAAGAUCUACAGUGAAGAAGAAGUAUCAUUCCAUGUGAAUGCCGAAGAUCUUUCUGAAGAUGAUACUGAGAAGAGCCACAAGAAGAAGAAGAAGAAGAAGAAGAAGAAGAUGAAGUGGUGCUUCUUCUGCUGUCCCCUGCCCUUCAGAAGAAGUAGCAAGAGGCAGUAAUUAUAAGGUUGAGAAAUUCAGGUUUACAAAUGACUUAAAGCAGUAAUAUAACUGCAUUAUUGACACCUUCACAAUGCACUGUAAUGCAUCCAUAAAUAUAUUAUAGACAUGGGUAUAAAUAUUGAAGAAAAAAAAUAAUAACACAUUAUAGCCAUGUUUGUUAUGGAUUAAUGGCCGAUAUAAUGUAUUAUGAAGAUAUUUAUUGUGUAUAUAUAGAUCAGAGCAUUCAUAAUGCAUUAUCAACAUAGCUAUAAUGUGUUAUGCCUUUGUAUAAGUAUUUACAGCCGUGUUUUUAAUACUUUUAUAAAUGAUUUAUAAGGCAUUAAUUGGGUAUGUAUAAUGCAGUUAUAUGACAGCUUUAAGUAAAGUUAAGUAAAGUGUUUAUUUUUUUUUUCUUAGAAUACCCGUGUUAGAGCCCUGCAUUUGGACUGGGAUCCCGCGGGACCCAACGGAAAGAGAUACUGUUUAAGUGUUAAUGUAGCUAUAAGAUACGACAGGAUAAGAUAUGCUAAGUUAAAAUAUAAGAUAGGCUAAGACGAAAUAUAUUAAUAUAAGCUAAGUUGAAAUAUAAUAAGAUAAGAUAGGUUAAGUUAUAUGAUAAGAUAGGCUAAGUUAAAAUAUAAUAAGAUAGGCUAAGAUAAAAUAUGAUAGGCUAAGUUAAAAUAUCAUAAGAUAGGCUAAGUUAAAAUAUGAUGAUAGGCUAAGUUAAAAUAUAAGAUGUGGUAAGUUAACAUAUGAUAAGGUAGGCUAUGUUAAGAUAAGAGAUUUGCAAUAAAACAUAUUUACUUUUCAAA